UUCUCUUUCCCAGUAUAACGACGACGAAAGCGAGAGCAAUGAGCGAGUGUCGAUUAAAAACUUAGAAAAACUACCAAACGAAUUAAUUUUUCUCAAGCCACACAUCGGGAAAUUUUUCAAUAUAAUUUUUUUCUAUCGAACAAAAACGAAACACCGAUCACAAAACACAUCGAAUCGAAUUUUCAUCCAAUCAUUUUCCCCUGAACACAUUUUUCCUCUUAGUUUUCCCAUUUGGUAUUUCUUUUUUUGUUGUAUUGAUCAUCUCGCCAUUAAUUAUUGCUCCUUUCGCCCAGUUUCAUUCCCAAUUCGUUUAUUAUUAUUAUUAUUAUUUUUUCCGAAUAUUCGUGUGCAGUAUUCCGAGUUCAUUCAAUUUUUUUUCCUUUUCGUUGAACACCCAACGACCGCCUUUUCGAACAACACACACAGAAGAAAGAAAGAAAUAUAACGUGAAACAAGCAAAUUUGUGCGCCGUGAGCUACACGCCUCAAUCGCGCGAACCUAGUUGAUCUGUACCGUCUGCGACGUUCAACUAAACACAACACACAAUAUUUUACAACUAUAACUAACUACAAACGACCCAGUUGAGGAUUUAGUAUUACUAUCGCUUUGGAUACAAAAACGUAACACACAUAUACACAAGGAAAUAAAGCAGUUGCCUGUUGUUGUUUGUUGAUGCGAACACUAACACAUGGAAUACGAUAUAACUCAAAUAAAUUCAAAGCAAAUAUACGUGCACAUGAGCAAAUGCUACUGGGAAUUCUGUGUGUCAAAUGGAUGUUGAAUUAAGUGCAAUUAAUCGAACCGACUUUCAUUGUGUUAAUGAAAAGUACCAUAAACUAGCUACAAUAAAUCAAAUUAAAGGAGACAAUUUUAACUGACACAAAAAAAAAGAGGAAAUGAAAAACUCAUUGUUAAAAACUGCGAGACAUUUUUUUAUAUAAAUUUCAAUCAUGUUUAAAACGAAUCAAAAACGAGUACAAACACCCAAGUGGACGUGGUAUUAAUUUAAUCAAGUUUUUUUUCAAAAUCGAAAACAAAAUUGAUAUUGAUAACGAAAAGUGAAAACGUGGAAAAUAAAAGUAGCCUUUCAUAUAUUGCAUCUAAAUUGGGUCAUAAUCAUGUGGGAAAUACGCUUGAGUGUUUGCAUUAAAAUGCAAUUGUUGAACUGAAAAAAAAAAACCUAACAUUGGCAACCACAAUCACCAAAUCAAAUUCCUAACAUAUUUGCGGUGCUGCACAUUUAUUUUGAAUUUUAUUCAAAACCAUCGAACAAACGAGAAAAAUAUUUGAAAAAAGAAAAUAGUAUAAAACAAUUGUAAUAAAGUGAAAAAGUAAACGGUGAAACAGAGCAAUUGAGAAAAAGAAGUGUCGAUAUAUAUUGUACGAAUGUGCGCUUAACUGUGCACGCCUUUUUUUAAUUCAACAUACUGAAUUCAGUUUUGCUGUCGUUGGGCGCGCAUCUUCUUAAAUUGCACAUAGUGAGAAAGAGAGGACAUAAAAAAGCAGACGAAACAAAUAAAGGUAAAAAAAGCAACAACAGAGAAAACACAGUGUCGAUUUCUGAUCAUUGUGGCUAUUGAAAAUGCAACAGCCACCAUAUUCAACGCAACAAGUCAAUUUUAAUUAUUCCUCACAAAGCAAUGAACCUCCAGCAAAUGCACCAAAUUCACCUGGGUCAGCAACGACCACAACGGCAACAACGCCGACAGCAAACGCUGCAGCCAAUGCAAAUUCAUCGUCGACACGAGCUCAGAUAAAUGGCGGCCGCUUUGAUUUUGAAGACGGCGGAACAUAUUGCGGCGGUUGGGAUGAAGGCAAAGCACAUGGGCAUGGCGUGUGCACGGGACCAAAGCAUCAAGGCGCUUAUUCAGGUGCAUGGAACUAUGGCUUUGAAGUGUCUGGUGUUUACAUCUGGCCAAGCGGAUCAUCGUUCGAGGGUCAAUGGCAAAAUGGAAGACGACACGGAUUGGGUGUAGAAACUCGUGGACGAUGGAUUUAUCGUGGCGAAUGGACCAGUGGUUCAAAAGGUCGUUAUGGCAUUCGACAAAGUGCUACUUCAACAGCUAAAUACGAAGGAACAUGGGCUACUGGAUUACAAGAUGGUUACGGUUCAGAAACUUAUGCUGACGGAGGUACGUACCAAGGUCAAUGGCAAGAAGGAAAACGUCAUGGUUACGGUGUACGUACAAGCGCACCGUUCGGUUUGGCGUCACACUAUCGACCAAAAAAUUUACAAACAUCGAUGACUUCGUUGCGAAGCAAUGAAGGUGGUAGUGGAAGUGUUGAUGCUGCUGAAAAGCGAAAUCAUCGUAUGGAUGAAAUUCGCGGUGGAUUCGUAUUAAAAGCAAAAUCCGAUGAGCCACCAGCUAGGAGAAAUAGUUUAGUAGAAAAAACGAGAAAAGGACUUUUAUCGGGCUUAAAAUUAAAAAAGCAACGAAGUACCGGUGAUUUGGAGAAGCGUGGUAAUGCAUCGGGCAGUAUUAGAUCAACCAUUUCAACUGCAUCAUGGAUAAGUACCGGUUCAUCACAAUCUGCCGUAUCAAAUAAGUCUAUGCACACAGAUUCAAAUGCCAGUUUUACGGUCGACGAAGAGCACUUAGAUCCAAGUGUAACCGAAGUGUAUAUGGGUGAAUGGAAACGUGAUAAACGAGAUGGAUACGGUGUUUCAGAACGUAGCGAUGGUCUUAAAUACGAAGGAGAAUGGCAUAAUAAUAAAAAGCACGGCUAUGGUGUGACAACAUUUCGUGAUGGUACUAGAGAGGAAGGCAAAUAUAAAUACAAUGUAUUGAUAACGAGUCAAAAGAAGAAGCAUUUGUUUUUAAUACGAUCGGCAAAGUUUCGUGAACGCAUCGAUGCAGCGGUUAGUUCGUCACAACGUGCCUCGAAAUAUGCAAUGCAAAAGGCGGACAUAGCUAUAUCACGAACGGCAACCGCACGCAGUAAAGGUGAAAUGGCCGAUUCGGUGGCCGAUCAUGCGCGUGUCGAUUGUGAAAUUGCAGUUGCAACUGCACGUGAAUUUGCACCCGAUUUUAAGCCAUCCGUUUUGGAUCGUUUUGAACGGCUUCGUGUGAGGGAUCGUUAUCGAUCACCAAUCGAUCCACCUGCAUUAUCAUCAUCAUCACCGUCACACAUGAAACCAACGUUGAUCACACAAGUAAGUAAUAAUACCACACCGAAUCAUUUACCAGCGUCUGACAAUCGAACACAGGCUAGUACGGAUUCGACGCCACAAAAACAACCUCCAUUUCCAAAUCAAGCAACAAUUCGACGCCACUCAAUGCUUCAAAAACAAGCAUCAAUUGAUGUUCCGCCCGGUGGUAAUAUUGGACCAUUGCCACAGCAUACAUUAAAUUAUACGCCGCCCAUCGGUGUACAACCACCGUUUAAAACGUAUCACAAUGAUCAAUAUAAUAAUGCUUAUGGUCAAGAUCCAUCCAAUUUAGCCAAUUACAAUAUGACGAGCCAAAACUCAUUCGGUCAGCCAAAUGCACAAUUUAACAAUACUAAUUAUAUGGGCAAUGUUCCACAAAUGCAAUCAAAAUAUACGCCAGCAAAUAAUAUGAUGCAAUCACAAUAUGGAGGCGCCAGUGUGGGUGGCGGAAGUGGAAUUGGCAUCAAUGAAUCACAAAUGCAAUAUGGACAACCACCAUCACAGUAUAAUAUGCCAAUGAAUCAAGCGUCUUCAUACCAAAAUUAUAAUCUAACCAAUCAACAAUUGGAUCAUGGAGCUCAACAGGAUUAUCAAACCGAUACCAUAAAUACACAACAAGAUGGACCGGGGCCAUCGAAUUUACGAAGGAAUUCCCGACAGGUCAACGAAUCAACACGACCACAUAUAGGCUCAUCAUUUUCACAAUCUUCCAUCGAUCAUUUUGAUCACUAUAAACGGCCUCCCAGCAGAGAUUCGUCCACAGAUCGAUAUGCACGAGCCGCUAGUAGACUGGGCGGUUCACGACAGGCAUCAAUUGAUCGAAGCAUUUUACCAUCAACAAACCAUUCAAAUCCAUCACAGGGUCAAGCAACAGCUGAUGCAACGGGAACCAUUGAUCGAAAUUUACGGGCGGGAUCUGCAUUUAGAAAUGUUGCAACGGUUGCAAUGUCACCAGCAACACCAAACCAGACUUCAGCCAAUCCAGCUGGAAAUGGUUCUGUAAUGACUGGUAAGCCAUCGCCACGGGCAUCAUUGACCACAUCAUCUGCGCAUCCAAUGUAUUCAACACCGAAUCAACCGUUUGAAGAUGUAUUGUUGCGUCAACGAACUCUUGGCCAAGACAUUUUGCCAUCGGCACGCGAACCAAAACGAACGGAAAGUCUUUACACUCCGCAAAAGCCAAUACCAAGUGGUAGUUCAGCAGCAGCACCGUCAACCGGUGGUGGUUUCUUCGGUAAAUCCGGUAAACUUAAGAGUAUUCCAAUUGCAUUGCCAUUGAGUCGAAAAAAGUCAUUGCCUGAUGUUCAGGAACUUCCGCGUGCUACGUAUCCAAUGCCUCGCGAAGAAGUGUCGGCACUUGGAUCAGCACGACGCGAAGAGAUCCGACGUCAAAUUGAAUUAAGCGAACGGUUAAAGGCUAAUCCACUGCUUUAUUUGUCCAGUCCGCAAGUGAAGGACUGGUUCUCGCGCCAGCAACUAGUUCUGUUGGUGCUUGUGGUAAACAUAUGCCUGGCAAUAAUGUUCUACAGAAUGCUUACAUAGCAAGAGGCUUACUAUUUUAUCGAAGAUGCCGUUUUACCGUGUUUAUCGUUUAUAAUAUUCAUCAAAUCCAUCAUCGUCGUCCUCGAUUACUUUACGGAACAAGCAGUUUGGUUGUGUGCUGUUCAGGACUGCUGCUUCAUCAUAUUCAACUCAUUCAAUUUAUGUACAUGAUAAUUUCUAAACAUGAUUCGAGCAUUAUUUCCUUCGAUGCGACGAAUCUAACUCCGAAACGAAAGCAACACUUUAUUAAUAUAUUAAUUCAAUUUUUUUUUCUAUUUUAAAUGAACAAUUCAAUGUGAAAUUCGUUUAAAUGACACUCUUUAGCUAUUGGCAUUUCAAGAGAAAAAAACAUACACACACAAUUUUUAGGUUUUUUGGAACAUUUAUUGAGAGGAAAAUUUGAUUUUCAUUACUAUUGGAAUAACAGCAAAAGUGCAAUGUCUUGAUCACACAAAACAACAACAUUAAUAAUAAUAAAAAAAGACACACCCCCCAUGAACAUUUUGUGGAGAAAAAAAACGGAAAAAAAUAUUUAUAUAAGAAAAUAUCCCAAAAACUAACAAAUUAUAACAAAUAUGAAAAUCGAACAUUUAAAUAUCGCAGACAAACUCUUGUAUAUUCUAAAGCAAAGAUCCAUUUCAAAGGUCAUAUAAAUUUUAUUGAUGGAAUCAAAUAAAAAUUUGAACAUUUUUUUAAAGGUAAAGUGCAACAAAAAUUUUGAUUAUUCUAUUUUAAAUGUUUAAGGUAGGGAUGCGAAUAAAUGAAUUCACUUACUCAUUGGAAGAGUUUUACUCCAACAGACAGAUUGAAAUUUAGAAGAAAAACUUAUUAUUAUUCUUUUGUUUGAUGGAAAUAAUACAUACAGUUAAAAGCAUUAAAUUUAAAUCAAUAUUUA